GGCUGUCCUGUUUCCAGAGUAGGACCGGGGCUGUACAGCCCACUGCAGCCGCGGUAGGCUACUUCCGUUCCGCAGAGGGCGACAGGCACCAUCCAGCCUAGACUGUGGCGGAGGUCCAGACACAAUAGACUGGGUUCCGGCUCUUCUCCAAUUCAAAGCGGUAUGUCGGAUGAGGAUUCCCGUGCAAGCACCAGCUCUUCUUCAUCGCCGCCUUCCUCCAGCCAAAACCGACAGAGGGACACACUUUGCAAAAAGAAACGGGAGAGCAAAGCCAGCAUGAGCAAGACCUCCAAGCUGCUUUCCACCAGCGCCAAAAGGAUUCAGAAAGAGCUGGCUGAUAUAACACUGGACCCUCCGCCAAACUGCAGUGCUGGCCCUAAAGGAGAUAACAUCUAUGAGUGGAGGUCGACCAUCCUGGGACCACCGGGCUCCGUGUACGAGGGAGGCGUCUUCUUCCUGGACAUCGCCUUCACACCCGACUACCCCUUCAAACCCCCCAAGGUAACGUUUCGUACGAGGAUCUAUCACUGCAACAUCAACAGUCAGGGGGUGAUCUGUCUGGACAUCCUGAAGGACAACUGGAGCCCCGCCCUCACCAUCUCCAAGGUGCUGCUGUCCAUCUGCUCCCUGCUCACAGACUGUAACCCAGCCGACCCCCUGGUGGGAAGCAUCGCCACCCAGUACACGACUAACAGAGUGGAACAUGACCGAACAGCCAAACAGUGGACGAAACGAUACGCCACAUAAACCCACGGAGGACAGCAGUGGGGGGACGAGGGGGAGGAGGAGGGGUGGGGGGCUCCGGGUGGUUUGUGUUGGGCGGGUUAUUUCUAUCUCAGAUUUUUAGUACUUUAUUGUCUGGUAUAUUUUUUGCUUCCUGAUUAAGUUAUCUUCACAAAUAUGGUAAUAAAGGAACACAAUGGAAA